CUCCGCGAUGCUGAGAGCCCCACAUACCGUGGCUCAAUGAUCGGCAAUCGCCAAGACAUACGGUGAUCGCAUGCAGGUGCCCGUACGGAGUACUGUGGUUGUAUGUACCUCACAUUCAACCAGGUUCCAUUUGCGCAGAAUACACGUGCGGUUUGGUCGGGGCAACACGGCAAACAGAUCAUCAUCGACAGAGAAGCGUAAAAAUGGACGACGACGAAUACGGCGACGCCGACGACGUUCUCGCCGCUCUCGCAGCCGCGCAGCCCGGUCUCUCUAGGCCAGCCGCGCCACGACCGGCGCCGAAGAUCCAGCAGCCGACACCUCAGCGCCUCGAUCGAGCACCGCCGUCGAACAUGUCCGGGUCAGGACCGCCCAAGGUUGUGCAGCCUACUCCCCAGGCCCUUCCGGCCCGCGGCUCCGGAUCCGCCAUCCUCGUCUCCCCCAGGCAGAAAGGCAAUCCCGUGCUGGCCUGCCUCAAGUCCAUCCCCUGGGAGUACAGCGACAUCCCCGCCGACUAUGGCCUGGGACUGACAACUUGCGCGUUGUUCCUCAGCCUCAAAUACCACCGCCUCCACCCAGAAUACAUCUACACGCGGAUCCGCAACCUCCAGGGCAAGUACAACCUGCGCAUCCUGCUCACCCUCGUCGACAUUCCCAACCAUGAGGACGCCCUGCGCGAGCUGUCCAAGACGUCGCUCGUCAACAACGUGACCAUCAUUCUCGCCUGGUCGGCCGCCGAGGCCGCCCGGUACCUGGAGCUGUACAAGUCGUACGAGCACGCCGGCUUCUCGGCCAUCCGCGGGCAGCAAGCCACGGGCUAUGCCGAGCGGCUCGUCGAGUUUGUCACUGUGCCGCGGAACAUCAACAAGGCCGACGCCGUCGCGCUGGUGAGCUCGUUUGGGAGUCUGAGGAACGCGGUGAAUGCCACGCCCGAGCAGGUUGGGGUUGUGGGCGGGUGGGGGGAGAAGAAAGUUAGGGCUUGGUGCAGGGCUGUGGAGGAGCCGUUUCGGGUUGGCAAGGCCGGGAAGAGAGGGGUGAGUAAUACUGCUGGGAUAAGGAAGGUGGUCAAGGGGAGAGAGGAGCAGCAGGCGGGCGUGGAGGUGGAGGAGGAGGAGGAUGCCGAAGCAUUGGUUGCCGCGGCCGAAGCGGAGACGGGUCGGCCAGAGAAGCAACCCGUUCCGGCCGCGGCCCGGACGAGUUCGGGUACACCCGCGGCUGCAGAUGCGGCGCGCAAGGAUGAUCAGCUGAGCGAGGGUAUCGCUGCCGCGCUGGCAAGGCUACGAGACAAAGGGUAACAUGUCCACGAACGUGCCGAUUGGGAAGCUCGGCCACGU